ACGAAUAGGACAUCACUAAAGCGCAGUCCCUCUCUCCAGCGGCGAGACUGAAGGAUUCAGAGAAACCACGUAGCACCAGAGAGAGCACCGUCCACCGGCUCAUCUCAGUAUGUGGCAGAGAACUACGUGGUGCUGAAGGAAGACGACAAAACAGACGGAGGUCGAAAAAGCUCAGGGUCGCCAAAUUGCCCGUUCCUGAACAUAUUCAACGGGAGGCUCUUCAUAUUUUUGAUCCCCGGUUGUACACAUCUUGGAACUGCGCAAGGCUACCUCCAACCCUGAGAGGUGAAGUGUCAGGUUCGACGUAGAAGUGAAGCCCCGAUGGCUCCAGAAUCCUGUGAGUCACUUUGGUGAGCGUGGGGCUGUUAGAGGGCAGAAGACAUGUUGGGACAGAGGGCUGGGCACCGCAUUGAAGCUUGCUGUAGUAACCAUGGAAACGGUGUGGAGGAGUCUGGCCUUCGUUGGUAUCAUCACCAUGGUUGCCAGUGGAGUGCCAGAGAGUUGGAGUCCUGAGGAGUUUGCUCAGUCUCAAGCUGAGUUUCUGUCCAGCUUGGACCAGUAUGAGAUCGCCAUCCCAGUGCGUGUGGGGCCACAUGGGGAAACGCUAUCAGAAGAGGAGAUCUCUCACAGGAAUGGCCGACACCGGCGUAGCACGGAAACGCAGAGCGUUCCAGAACCACAGCUGUACUAUCAACUCUCCACAUCGAGCACUGACCUUUUGCUCAACCUCACACUGCAGGGAGGACUGCUCUCGCGACAGUUCCGUGUGGAAUACUGGAAGAGGGGGCGCUUGGCUUGGAGUCACCCAUACUUGCCCAGUUGCCACUAUGUGGGUCACCUGCAGCACCAGCCUCACUCUAGUUCUGUGGCUGUUAGCAACUGUAAUGGCCUGCAAGGGGUCAUUGUGGCUGGAGGUGAGGAGUACAUUAUCGAACCCUUGGUUUCUGUUAAAAACUUCACCAGUGAGGAUGGCAGAGAAGGGCACCCCCAUGUGGUGUACAAACGGUCAUCUCUAAGAUACCAAAACAUGGACCAGUCCUGUGGAGUAAUUGAUGAGAAGCCUGGUAAGAGCUAUGGAUGGUGGCAGAGAACAAUAAAGCCCUCACCCAACCAGAUGGGACGGGGCCAGUUACCACUGAAGCGUUCUGUCAGCCAAGAACGCUACGUUGAAACCCUGGUGGUGGCCGACAAGAUGAUGGUCAGCUAUCACGGCCGUCGCGAUAUCGAGCAGUACAUUCUGGCUGUCAUGAAUAUUGUUGCCAAACUGUUCCAGGAUUCUAGCCUGGGGAAUGCAGUGAACAUCGUUGUGACGAGGCUUAUUCUACUGAUGGAAGACCAGCCCACACUAGAGGUAAACCAUCAUGCAGGGAAGUCUUUAGACAGUUUCUGCAAGUGGCAAAAGUCCAUCCUCCACCGGAACGGACAUGGGAAUGCCAUCCCUGACAAUGGAAUCGCUCACCAUGACACAGCAGUCCUCAUCACCAGGUAUGAUAUCUGCAUCUACAAGAACAAACCAUGUGGAACACUUGGAUUGGCACCUGUUGGUGGUAUGUGUGAGCCAGAGAGAAGCUGUAGCAUCAAUGAAGACAUUGGUCUGGCCACUGCUUUCACCAUUGCACAUGAAAUAGGACACACGUUUGGGAUGAAUCAUGAUGGUGUUGGCAAUGCAUGUGGGGUGCGCAGUCAGGAGACUGCUAAACUCAUGGCUGCCCACAUCACCAUGAAGACUAACCCCUUCGUCUGGUCUGUCUGCAGCCGCGAUUACAUCACCAGCUUCCUCGACUCUGGCAUGGGUUCCUGUCUGAACAAUGUUCCCCCCAAGCAGGAUUUUGUUUACCCCACCACAGCCCCUGGUCAAGCCUAUGAUGCAGAUGAGCAGUGCCGCUUUCAGUAUGGAGUGAAGUCUCGUCAGUGUAAAUACGGGGAAGUGUGCAGUGAGCUUUGGUGCAUGAGUAAAGGGAAUCGCUGCAUCACCAGUAGUAUCCCAGCAGCCGAGGGCACCAUCUGUCAGACCAGCACCAUCGAAAAAGGGUGGUGCUACAAAAGAGUGUGUGUGCCAUAUGGAACACGUCCGGAGGGGGUAGAUGGUGGGUGGGGCCACUGGUCGCCAUGGGAGGAGUGUAGUCGCACCUGUGGGGGCGGAGUCGCAUCCUCUAUUCGCCAUUGUGACAGCCCCAGGCCAACAGUUGGAGGAAAAUAUUGUCUGGGAGAGAGGAAGCGUUUCAGAUCCUGCAACAUUGAUGAGUGCCCAUCCGGAUCUCAGGAUUUUCGACAGAUUCAGUGCUCGGAUUUUGACAGUGUUCCCUUCCGGGGGAAAUUCUACACCUGGAAGCCAUACAGGGGCGGUGGAGUGAAGUCAUGUUCUCUGAACUGCCUGGCAGAGGGCUAUAACUUCUACACUGAGCGCGCUCCAGCUGUGGUGGAUGGCACACCUUGCAGGGAUGACUCUCUGGACGUUUGUGUUAAUGGCGAGUGUAAGCAUGUGGGCUGUGACCGGAUCCUUGGCUCGGAUGUUCGGGAAGAUCGCUGCCGCAUUUGUGGAGGAGAUGGGAGCAGCUGCCAGGUCAUCGAGGGGGUCUUCAAUGACUCCCUGUCUGAAGGAGGUUAUGAGGAGGUGGUCAGGAUCCCCAAAGGAUCUGUAUUCAUACACAUCCAAGAGCUCAAUGUCUCUCAAAAUUACUUGGUGUUGAAGAGCAAAGGGGAUCAGUACUUCAUCAACAGCAAGCUGACCAUCGACACGCCAAGACGCUUUGAAAUUGCGGGAACCACCUUCCACUACCGCCGACCUGCCAAUGAACCGGAGACCCUGGAAGCACUUGGACCCACCAACAUGACCCUGAUCGUCAUGGUGUUGGUCCGUGAGGAAAAUCCUGGGAUACAUUACCGUUUUAACCCACCUGUCAACAGAGAUCCCCUGAGCAGUUACGCCUGGCAUUAUACAUCCUGGUCCCGCUGCUCUGCUCUGUGUGCAGGAGGGGUGCAAGUCCAGCAGGUAGUGUGCAAGAAACAAGCCGAUCUCUCUGUGGUGUACAACCACUUCUGCGACAAGAAAAACAAGCCUAAAGACAAGAAAAGACCCUGCAACUUGGAACCCUGCCCUCCAACGUGGUUGACAGGAGACUGGUCAGAUUGCAGUCGGAGCUGUAACGGAGGAGUGCGGACGCGGGAAGUGCUGUGUAAAAGAAAGAGCUCGGUAACAGAGGAGAAAGUCCUGGAUGACGUGGUCUGCACCCCGCCACAGCCUUCCAUCACUGAAUCAUGCAACAACCACACCUGCCCACCAGAAUGGCAUGCCCUGGACUGGUCUGAGUGUACUCCUAUCUGUGGUCCAGGUUUCAGGUACAGAGAGAUUUUGUGCAGAAGUGGAGAGAACGGCGAAACGUUGCCAGAGUCAGAGUGCUUGAAACAAAGCCGCCCGACCACCAGGGUGCGCUGCAACAUAAACCGUUGUCCACCACCUCGGUGGGUUACAGGACCCUGGGGAGAGUGUUCGGCUAUGUGCGGUAUGGGUCAAGAGAUUCGUUCCGUACAGUGUCUGUCAUACACUGGCCAGCCAUCUAACGAGUGCCCUGAGACACUUCGUCCCACCUCCAUGCAGCAGUGCAAGAGCAAGUGUGAUGAUAAUGGCCCUACAGAGAACCCUGAAGAGUGUAAAGAUGUGAACACAGUGGCAUACUGCCCCCUGGUGCUCAGGUUCAAAUUUUGCAACCGUGCAUACUUCAGACAGAUGUGCUGCAAAACCUGCCAAGGACACUGACCUCCUUCUCACUCUCUUUCACUCUCUCUCUCUCUCUCUCUCUCUCUCUCUCUCUCUCUCUCUCUCAUUCUCUAUGACUCUCUCUCUUGCCCUGAUUUUCUUCCCUCUCCACCCUCCCGUCAUCUUGCAUGGCCAGAAACGCCCAUACUCAGCAUUCCGCUGGAGGAGUGCUGUUAACCACUGGAAGACUGACAUCAUUGUGAGAGAAAGCAUGGAUGAAAUGAGAGCGAGAGAGAGACUUGAAAAUAGAGAGAAAGAGAGAAAUCUAUGCUGCAUUCUUUCUCUCCCUCCAACCAUCUGCUUUGACACUGCUGCUGUGAAUACCAGUCUGCCUAAAAUACAUCCGUCGGUGUUUCUUUUGCUUUUCCAUGUGGUGCUUUUGGCCAUCACUGUCAUACAGAGAAGAGUUUGGGAACUGCCAAUCUCAGCAAAAUCUAAACCUCAGUGAAUAAUAGUUGUCUGUUAUUGUAAUGUGUCAUCUUUAUUAUAGUCUCAAAAGUUCACUCAGUAAUUUUUUGUGUAGCGCUGGUUGGUUUGGACUUUGGAUAAACAUUAUUGAGUGCAUCUUUAAAGGGAUAAUUCAACCAAAAAAUUAAAAUUCUGUUAUUAUUUGCUCACCCUUAUGGUGUUAAAAAGCUGUAUGACUUUUUCUUUAUUCUCAAGAACAUCAAAGAUUCUCAAGAACAUCAAAGAUUCUCAAGAACAUCAAAAAGAAAUCUUUGUCCAUACAAUAAAAUGUCUAUUUUUGUUUCAUAAUUGUUUAGAACAACAUGAGAGUGAGUAAAUAAUGCAUUUUUGGGUGAACUAUCCCCUUAAGAGCCUUUUUCACUUCUAGCAAUUUGCAAAGCAACCAACAGUUAACUAUUUUUAUAAGAAUCGGUGAUUUUAAACGACAUGAGCGAAGAUGCGGUUUUACCACUUGUCCUAAGAAUUUUCACAGUGAAAUCUAAUAAUUUCUAAGUACUAAUCGAAUAAUAAUUUUCCCUACACAGAUUUUGCAACGAAUUUCGCAAGUUGCAAAAUCGCUGCGUUGAGCACCAGAAAGCUGUUUGUUUUGAAAGUGACUUCUAUGUAAGCAGUGCAUUGUAAAUUACAACACUGCGCUAUACAAUGGACCUUUUGCAAAGAAACAUUUGCCGAAAGUUCACUAAUGUUACUGUACCGUAAUGCUUCAUGGUACAGAUGAUUGCUGCAGUUGAGAGGAACACUGACUAGCAGUGACUUGUUGGCAUUGAACAAUUGAAUCAUUGUCCAUGUGAACUGCUCUUUAGAGAAACUCCAGAUCACUCAGAUAUCUUAAUCUCUCAUUCAGUGUGGUUGUUGCUUAGAUACUGUAUCUUUUAAUCUGACAGCCAUGUGGCUAUUUGCAGUUUUGGUGCUAUGCAAUUUUCUUGCCAUCCAGUACAAUAAUGCUUACAUUAUAUUAAGAUACCGUGCAUCAGUCAAACCUGGAUGAACAAUGAGCUAUUUAGCAAACAAAGGGAAAUAAGUGGUAGGGUCAGUUUAGCUUCUGUGCACAAUGUAAUAGUAGUUAGAGGUCAAUGGAAGCUGUUGUUAAACCCAUGUGGUGGUCAUAUUGUUGUUCGCUGACACUUAGAUAAUGUAAUGUACUUCUAAUGCACCACAAGUCAACAUGCAGCAAUGUUGGUGGCAUUGCAGAAUUGUGACGCAUGUAACCUUAGUUACUGGACAGCUUCUGCUUCAUUUUAUCAGAUGUGGGACAAAAAUUCAUACUCUCCCCUUUGAGACCUUUAAGUAAUAUUUUGGGGGGAGGGAAAAAGUAAAAUGCCAAUAACCUACAUGACCUUAUGCUAUUUUUAUUAAAAAGUACUACAAUUUUAUUCAAAUUCAUCUAAAGUCAUACAAUAGGUGUACAUGGGUAAAAUACCAGAAUGUAAGUCAUUGUAAUAAUGCAGAAGCAAUGGCAUUUGAAUAUGCAUUUUAAGUGUAAAGGGAAGAAUUAGGGUGGAAGUAAUAUUUUUUUCGCGGGUCUGUGUCUCACAAAAAAAUAAAACAUGUUUGGAACAGCAUAAUAGUGAUUAAAGGAGCCAUUUUUUGAUGAACUCAGUGUUUUCGUAACAUAUUGAUUUGAUUCCCUUUCAGAACCUACAAUUUCCAUUUAACCUUUUCUAACCCAAAUAUCAGCCUUUAGCAUAAAUUUGCCAAAUUAUUAGGGACAGUCAUCGUAAGAGAGCGAUAACAGACCUUUCCCCUGUCCUGGGUUUUGGCAGCAUUCAUCAAAUGUUUGAUUUGAAGGGCAGAUCUUGAAGAGGUGUCCUCUGUUCACGGACUGGUGGCUAAUCCGUGGUGCUACAGUAUGGUGCUAUGUCUUUAUUUGCCAUAAUCUUUGAUUGUUUUGGUAAUACAUUUGCUAAGGGAAAAAAAAGCAAGAUUCUAUGAAAACUAAAAGUAUUGUUCAAGUAUCUUUGCAGAGACACUAGCUUUAAAUCAUUUAUUUGGUACAAUUAUUAUGUGAAAGAUGAAUAUGCUGUUUUGCUUUUUGAUGGUAAGCUUUUAUCUUUAAAUUUUGCAGUGUGUUCCUACAUUUGCAAUAACUGUAGAUUCAUUUUGUAAAUGCAGUCACACUUGUUUAUUUGGACUUUAAUAGUGAUUUUCACAUACUGUGCUGUCAUGUGCUUGUGAUGUUUAUUUCCUCUGAAUUUUACGUAGACCAGUUGAAAUGAAUUUGAAAUACGGAAUAAAAAGAUGCAUUGUGUAGAAAUAAUAUCCAAUGUAUUGUUAUAUCAGCUGUAUACCGUUUAUAUCCAUUUCCUAUUUUAUUAUUUUGUUUUACAAAGACUUGGUAAGAUAUUACAGUUUUUACACAGUCUUCUGUCACAUAUAAACCUCAGACUUGUUGGCUUGUCAUAUGUGUGUGUGUUUUCACUGUAUGUCCAUCUGCACUGUACUUUUUUACUAAAUAGAAUAUAAAAAUAAACUUCCUGCAUACUGAUAUUAA